AUGGCUCACCGCAACUCCCAGAAUUCACUGGCGGAUAGUGCUCUUCACUGUCUGAGGCAUGCUCGUUUGACCGACACACUUACCACGUUCACCUGGUGCAGAGCUUCACUUUGCUCAUUUCAAGAGCAGAGGAAGGCAACUAUCGACAUCCGCAUCGUCAUUUACUUCAGUAAUCUGAGGAGGACUGAAAAGCCGCAGGCCCCCGCGCGGAAUCGAAGAAGCUCAAACGACUUCGGCACGGCUACGACACCCCCUGAAAGCAACUCAUACGAAGAAAAAGCGUGUAAGAAGAUCCCCGACGCCAAAAGCAUCGAGAUGCCGCAGGGAUUCGAGAAUGUCCGACGUGCGGACCGCAUUAGCUCUGCAGCCACCCCCAAAGUCCGUCAAAUGAACAAAGUCACCAAACAAAGACCAUCCAGUCACAUUCGAAUUGUUCACGCUGUGAAAGAACCCGCUGCACGAUCUCCUGCUUCCGCACCUACCUCUGCAUCAUCGCUCCUGGAACCUCGCAGAGCAAAUCGCAACUCCACAAAUACUACCGACAGAGAGGCCAACCUGUCUCCAUUUCUACCACUGGACUGGGACUACCGUCGUGUGCAUAGCAUUAUGCCGGGACAUUUCAAGACGGAGAGCAACGCUCUACCGAACGCUGCGAGGAAAGAAACGGAUUCUCAGACCCAAUGUCACGCACGCGAAGACAGCUAUGGCUGGAUCCUCAAAGCACAGGAGGUUGUCUUACCACCAAGACAGUCUUCCAAGAACUGGCGGAGCGAAGACAGCGACUCCAGUACAUUAAGCUCCCGCUCUACCAAUCGAAGCAGCAGCCGCAACCUCAACCGCGUCACUGCAAAUCGCCAUUCGAACCGCAACUGGCAAGUCUUCAGCAACAGUAGCACACCUACCCUCUAUUCGAGCGCUACUUUUGUCGAGAGCGACAGUGAUAGCGACAGCAGCAACUACAGCCCCUACUCCAGCUCCAGCUCAAUCUCCACACCGACUCACUCUCCACCAGCUACUCGCCCCCGUCCUGCCACUGCAACCUUUGUCGACAGCGACAGCGAGAGCGAAGACCCAAGCCCAACACCUAAACCCACCCGCAAACAUCUCUCUCUCGCCUAUCUCGCUCCUGCAAUCACUCCUUCAGCGCCCGCAGUCACUCAAUUCACGCCCACCCCUUCUCCCCCUCUCUCCCCAACCAUUUCCCCAACCCUCUCCCCCACCCUCUCUUCCUUCGACGCCUCCCUCCGCCCCGGCCACAUCACCCGCCUCGUCUUCUGGUACCUCUACUACGACCUCAUCGAACCCCCCGCCUCCCCCACAUCCUGGUACGCCAAAAUCCCCGCCUGGGAACUCCAAGGCUGGAUCGCCCUCGGCCGCGCCUUCACCUCAAACCCAGACCUGCCCUUCCCCUCCACCCUCUCCACCAUCAUCCAAGCCCUCCGCCUCGACGCCGCAGAGCUCAAAUACCUCAUCAUCCGCCUCGCGGACAAGACCUCCAUGCGCACCACCGAAACAAAGGAACUCGUCGAUCUGGGCCGCGCCCAGGGCUUGUCGAGCCGUGCCGUUGCAAUGGGCAUUCGCGAGAAGUUUGUCAAGGAUAGGCGGUUGUUGGAGGCGCUGUUUGUUAAGGGUCAGGGCGCCGGCGAGUUGUGGGGGUAUAUGCAGUUUGUGCUGUUGAGGCGGGUGGCUGAUUAUUUGGAUUAUGUUAUCUUGCCGCAUGUUGGAGGUGGGGCUACUGCUGCUGCUAAGGGUGGUGCUGCUAAGGGGGAUGGGCGGGCGAGGGAGGGCGUGUUGAAGAGUUAUUGGCGGUUGAUGGGCGUCAGGAAGGUUCCUGCGGAGUGGUAUGAGGGUGAUGGGGAGGAGGGGGACGGGGAGCGGGAGAUGGGGGAUUGGGAGACGGUGAAUAGCUUCUUUUGA